AUGGUUUCCCUAACCUCCACCCUAGUGCUCGCCUUUGCGGCGAUUGCGGCAGCUUCUCCUUUGGCUGAACCCGUCGCUGCGCCUCUGAUUACUGCUGCUCCUGACGCUUCCAUCGACAAGAGAGCGACGAGCUGCACGUUCUCCGGCUCGUCUGGAUAUGCCUCGGCGAGCAAGUCUCAGGCGUCCUGCGCCACUAUUGUGCUCUCGGGCAUCACUGUUCCGUCUGGGACUACCUUGGACUUGUCUAACUUGGCAGACAACACCCAUGUCAUUUUCCAAGGCAAGACGUCUUGGGGUUACAAGGAAUGGGCUGGCCCCCUGCUCCAAAUCAAGGGCAACAAGAUCACCAUCGAGGGCGCCAGCGGCGCGUACCUUGAAGGCGGCGGUGCUCAGUACUGGGAUGGCGAGGGCGGCAACGGCGGAAAGACGAAGCCAAAGUUUUUCUAUGCCCACAGCCUGACGUCCUCGACCAUCACCAACCUUCACAUCCAAAACACCCCCGUGCAGGCUGUCAGCAUCAGUGGAUGCACAGACUUGACCAUCACGGGCAUGACGAUUGAUAACAGCGCUGGUGAUACUGGUGCACUUGGCCAUAACACGGACGGCUUCGACAUUGGCACUAGCACAGGUGUGACAAUCACUGGAGCCAAUGUCUACAACCAGGAUGACUGCGUGGCUGUCAACUCGGGAACUGAUAUCACAUUCUCCGGAGGUACAUGCUCUGGUGGUCACGGUCUGUCCAUCGGCAGCGUGGGAGGCCGUUCCGACAACACUGUCAGCUCUGUCACGUUCUCUAACAACGUUGUGAAGAACUCUGUGAACGGAAUCCGCAUCAAGGCCAGCGCGGGCGAUACGGGCACCAUCUCCGGGGUGACAUACUCCGGGAUCACGCUCCAGUCCAUCUCCAAAUAUGGCAUCCUGAUUGAGCAGAACUACGACGGUGGCGACCUCCACGGAGACCCAACCACUGGCAUUCCCAUCACGGGCCUCAUCGUCAAGGACAUUGCCGGAACCGGUGCUGUCGCUAGCUCUGGGUACGAUGUCGUUGUUGUCUGUGGCAGUGGAUCGUGCUCCAACUGGACGUGGUCUAACGUGAAAGUCACUGGAGGCAAGACGUACGCCAGCUGCCAGAACGUGCCGAGUGUGGUUGGAGGCUGUUCUUAG